UAGAAUCAUUGAAAAAAUCAUUAUCCAUUAAUUUAUUAAUUUAUAUUGUCUUUUUUUAAAUUUUUUGUAGAAAUGGUUGCGAUCAUUGUUCAUGGUGGUGCUGCAAAAGUUGCCGCGAAUGUUGUCGAAUCUAAAUUAAUCGAUCUUCGACGUUCAGCUAAAAUUGGUUUUCUGGAAUUAAUACGAAAACAAUCUCAACCUAAUGCGGCUUUGGAUGCUGUGGAAAAAGCUGUUAGAUCAAUGGAAGAUAGUCCAUAUUUUAAUGCCGGUUAUGGAUCAUCAUUAACCAAUUCUGGUCAUGUUGAAAUGGAUGCAAUCAUUGCGGAUGGACGUGAUCUAAAUUUUGGUGCUGUUGCUUCUAUAACCGAUUACUCAAAUCCAGUUUCAUUAGCGAAAAAAAUUAUGGAACAUUCUGAACAUUGUUUAUUCGAUCGUAAUGGUGCACAUGAAUUUGCAAGACAACAUGGUUUUGUGCCAAUUUCCAAUUCUCAGCAAUUGGUCAAUGAUCUGGCUAAACAAAGACUUGAAGAAUACAAAACAUUCCGUAAUGCAAUCGAAGUGGAUAAAAUAAAAAUCACCGAUACAGAAAAGCCUGAUGACCAUGAUACGGUCGGUUCGGUUGCUGUUGAUUGGUUUGGGAAUUUCGCUGCAGCCACAUCCACCGGUGGUAUAACCGGGAAACUUCCCGGACGUAUUGGUGAUUCUCCUGUGAUAGGAUCCGGUGCAUAUGCUGAUAACGAAAUUGGAGCAGUUUCGACCACUGGUCAUGGUGAAGCAAUCAUGAAAGUUUGCUUAGCACGUGAUGUUCUUUAUCGAUAUGAAAAACUGAUAAAUCAAACAAAUGAAACAAAAAUGAAUCCGAUGCAACGAGCCAUUAUAGAAUCAUUGAAAUCAAUGCAACAACGUGUCGAUGGUUAUGGUGGCGUGAUUGCCAUCGGUAAUGGUCAUGGUGAUAUUGGUUUCGGAUUCAACACGCAAGCAAUGCCAUGGGCAUAUAUUACAGUUGAUGAUAAUGAUAUAGAUCAAAUAUUAUCUGUUAUUGACAAAAAAGUUUCCGAUGACAAUAUAUCAAAAAUUCCAGUACGAAUUCAUUAUGGGUAUCAUCCGAAUGAACAUUUAGAAAUUAUUGAAUGAUUUGAUAUAAUUUUUUUUUAUUUUUCAAAAUAUUAUGCAAUUUAAAUAU